AUGCCUAAGUACACUGAAGAACAAUUGUUUGAAAUCCAAGAAGAGGCCCACAACCCGCAACCAGAGGUACUUGAUGCAUUCAACGCCAUGGUUGAGGAAGUUCGGGAGCACGAAAAGCAACUCAAGCAAAUUAAGUGGUCGAACGGUGACACCUAUAUCGACGAAAACGGUCACGAAAGACCUUACCACCACCUCAACCGACGCCGGGCACUGCGUUCGGGUGAUAAGCCCAACUUACGCAAAAAGCUGGUGGAAACCGUGGUUGGGGAAGAUGGCUGGGCGACCACCGUGAAAACUAGAAAGCUGUUUGGUGGUGCUGAAGAGGAAGAACGACAAAAGUUCCGGACGGGGUUGAAGGAAGUUAAGGCCAAGCCCAACAACAAGAACCUCGGGUCGCUGAAGGCAGCCGACCCUCGUGAUGCUAUUGCUGAAGUUCAAAAGAAGGCGUUCAAUGCGUUUGACGCAUUAGGCGACGAAUCUGAUGACGACGAAGACGAUGAAUAG